UCAAAUAGUGUGGCGUAGUCAGAGCAGAGGCGAUAGACGUAGACGUAGUCACAGCUUAUCGUGUUUAUAAUGAGCUUACGAUCUCUUCACUUUUCAAAAUGGUUCAUAUUAACUUUUGAUGACUAUUGAUAACGAUAUAGGAUAUAGUUACUGUACGAUAUUACAUUUAUUCAAGCCAUAGAAGCCUUGCAGAAAAUGCAGACUUGUUAGUAGACAGCUGGGCCUGGGCGUGGCUGGGCGAGGUUUACAUCCAGCAUCUCCUUGAUUCAAGUAGGACAUUUUCAUGAGUUUCUGAGUACCGGUAGACUAGGCCUACUUAAGACUGGACUACCUAAUAACAUGUUCUCGUCUUAUCAGUGCUAACGUAGUGAGCUUACGACCUUUUCACUCAUCAAAAUGACUGAAGGUGAAUAUGAAAAGGGCAUAGAAGAAGUGGAGCUUGAUGAUGACUUUAUUUUGAUGGAUGAUGUGCAAAUUAUUGAAACUAGACACGAUGAUCAUGAAGAGGAUUCAAUCAUCUACCAACAGGUAUGAAGUGGGACUAUGAAGCAAACUGCGUCAUUGAAAUUCUGGAGGAGGAAAAAGUAUUCUGAGGAGAGGGUGCCAAAAUGAUGUUGAAGAGGAGCAACAAAGUUGAUAGGAAUAGAAUUAAACUGUUUUUUUUUUGGUGGGGGAAGGAGUGGGGUUUACUCAAUUUGAGGACGCUAGUGUUAAAUGUUUUGUAUAAAUAUUUUUAGUACUUUAUUCAGCAUUGAUUCUGAAUUUGGGGGAUCACUCCUGUACUUUUAAUUUGGCUUUCUAUACUUUUUGAAGUAGAAUGAGCAUUGUAAAUGAAUACUGUAACCAAAGUACCUGGAAUACAUUGAAUUGCAUUAAUUGACUGUAAAAUUGCUAUUUGUUGAGUUUUAUGAUGAUGUUGCUUAGGAUGAUGCCCACAUGAGCUCCUCCAGGCUUGUGCGUGGGUAAUGAGAGAUGAGUUAAUCUACAGAUUUAGGUGGGUUCCAAACCACCAAGAAGCGAUUUUUAAAUUCAUGAAAUGUAUUUAGAAGAGUUCAUCUCAUCCUUACAACGGGAGUAGCAGGUGCAGGAAGCUUAACUUAUCUUUUAGAUAGCUUAUCAGCAUGGCCACUAUACCAAUCGCUUCCUAACAUACGUAUCAUAUAAAGAUAGAUAGAAUGAUACUUUUAAUAAAUAUACUAACUUGAUAUUUGAUGUCACUUUUAAAGACUGGGGAUUCCAUAUAGACAGUGUCACGAACAGUUGUGAGUUGGUUGCUAAUUUGGCUAGUCAGGGAGGCAGCAUACAGCUUCUAUAAAGGGGCUCAUCUUCAAGCUCUCAGCAAAUGCAUGUAGAGUGACCUGUAAUUUAUGUUGUAUUUCUUUAUACCUAGCAAUUUACCACGUGGUAAAUUUCUCAAUGCACUAGGCAACUUAUUGAUGAUCCGAAUGUCUGCAGAUGAGUAGCUAUUGUACGAGCUACUCAAUCUAGUAUGGGAGGCCUCAAGGUCAGCUGCUUAGCGUGUAUCAUUGUGACUGUGGAUUUCACCUCUUCUUGUCAAGGCUUCCUGGUUGUCCAUCAAGCGAGUGAGAGAGCUCAACACUUACUGACUGUACAUGGUGAGGAUCCCCAUCUACCAGAAAAGUGGUUUAAAGUGGUCCCCACUUGCAGAAAAUGUCAUUGAGUACGAAUAGCAACACAUUCCUCACUGCUGGCAUAUGCCCCCCCCCCCCAAAGGAUUAGUCCGUACAUGAUGUGACUGUGAAAGAGAGAGUGAUACAGUGAUACAAUAUCACCAUACUCUCCCUGUCUACCAAAUGUCUGAGCUUAUUUAGCAAUUAGAGUUCCUAGAAUGCUUCCUGCACUCUUCAGACACAUGCGGUGACUCCACUCCAACAUUUCAUCCAGCCAGAAGACAAGCAGCUUUCCUGGCUCUUGUUCUGCCUCCUGUCGUCUCAACGAGCAAAUGAGAGUGUUUCUUGUCUUUUGUAAGCUUGAGUCUAUUCGCUGACAACCAAUUUUUUGCAUCACUUCGUUGUUCUGAAGACCUCACACAUGCCCCACCACUUGUUGGACCUCUGGCAGUUAUAGUGGUGUCAUCAGCAAAAAUCACUACUUCCUCGAUUGCUGUCAGUCAUAAGAAGAAUGAAAAGCAAUGGUUCUAAUAUUGAGCCCUGUGGAACAACAUACUGAACUUCUCUGGUCCUUGAGGUUUCCCCCUUUAUUGAGACAGCUUGCAUUCUAUUUUGCAGUUAGUUUGCUAUGGGCUUGAGCACAGUCGUUCAUCACAAGGUUUUUAUUAGAAAUUCAUGCAGCACAGAAUCAAAUCUCUGAGGUCACACAUUGGGGGCUAGGGCUAGGGUUUCACCUCUGCUACCACCCUCGAAGGCACUUUAUAUUCUGCUAAUCAGGCUGAGCAAUGCACUUGUAAUGAGCGUCCAUUUCUAAAACCGUGCUGAGAUGAUGUCAGGAUUUCUUAUUCUGGAUAUAUAGUCAACGUAUCUACAAGUUGUAAUAUUACAUUUUUAUUGAUUAAAAUCGAAUCUUCAAUUUGAUUUUCAAAAUAUUAAUGAAACUUGAUAGCAAAUAUCGGUGUAAUCGAUAUGCGGACUUAACUUUUUACUGAAAAUUGAUCAGCUAGGUACUCAAAUGUUGGACAACUAACUUUGACAAAGUUCUUUUUCUGAAUAAACACAUAAUUCUAAACAACAUAAAGGGUAAAUAAAUUUUCAAAACAGUUUUAAAAUAAAGUUUUAUUGAAAACAAUAGAUAUAAUGUUUGUGGACUUGUGUUCUUUGCUAGUUGACAAUUGAUGACGUGUUUAUGCUUUGAAGCUCUAGGCAAAAUAUAAAACUUACAAAUUGAGAAUACUUAUCUAUCGUUGACAAAAAUUUCAACAGCAAAUAAAUGUUGAAAUUUUUCUAAAUAAUUGAAAUUUAAGAUGUUUUAUUUGUGAUCUAAAUGUUUUUAUAAAGUUUAUUGACGUUAUUGAACAUAUGUGAAAAGUAGAUUUAAAUUUUUCUUUUCAAUUUGUGUUAAAUUUUUCGUUUAAUGUUGAAAGCCUUAAGCCUGCCUUGAAACUUGUCAACGAUAGAUAAGUAUUCUCAAUUUAUUGAGGAUGAUGAGUUUAGAAAAAUGUAUGAAGAUGAUGCUCAUGAUGUUGAAGGAGAAGAUUAUAUCUUGAUGAAAGAUAUUCUUCUGCAAGAAGAUGAUUGUGGUGGUGAUAAUGAUGAUGAUGUCGAUGACCACUCUAAGCAUGAGGAACACGUUGAAUUUGGACAGUCUUCUCCAACUAUAAUCAAUGAUAACAUUAUUAACGAACAAGAGGGUACACAGCUAUUGGGUGUUGAAAAUAGGAAGCAAGUCCAACUGAAGACAGAUAAAAUACUCAAAAAAUCUGAUUGCUUACAAGAAGAUCUAGUGCCCCAACACCAACCAAAGCUGCAAUUGAACUGUGCAGUCAUAGAAGAGACUGCUGAAAUUUCAGAAACCUCAAGAGACAAAUAUUCAUCAAUAUUUCUGAAAGUAAAUGGCGUUUCGUCAGUUUUGGGUAGAACAAUGACCGAUAAUGCUAAUUCAGAACUUAUAUUAAUAGGUGAAAUGGUCACCGAGCCUAAUGUGCAAUACCACCCUGGCCAUAAAGUACCCAGGUUUAGUCGUUUUUUCAAAUGUAUAUAUUGCAAUUAUAAAGCUCGUACCAAGAAUAAACUAAAAGUACAUUACAGAGUGCAUAGCUUAGAAAAGCCAUACGAUUGUAAAAUUUGUGGAAAAUGGUUUAAACAAAAUCAUCAUGUAACUGAACAUUUACGAAUUCAUACAGGCGAAAGACCUUUCAAGUGCUCUGUCUGUGAAAAAACAUUCAUGAGGUCUCAUCACCUCAAAAGACAUUCCAUCCAACAUCAUAAAAGAUAAUUUUUCAAAGUACUGUACAAAUAUAUUAAUAUGAUCGUAAUCUUUUCUUUACAUUUUGAAAUAAAUCACAGUAUUUUGUUGUGCUCUAUAAAUAUA